AUGUCUACUCGACCGGACUCCGCGGCUACGCGACCGCGCUCGCGCCGCUCUAUUGCCCAUGUUCCGCGAUCUAAGAUGACGUCUGGCCUGGAUAAGGAGAAUGCGACGACGGACAUUGGAGCAAUGGCGCCCUCUGGAUCCAACACCAGGCCUGCCGGAAAGGAUAAGAAAUCCCGAAGCAAGAGUUUAGGACCUGGAGGACUGGAUGCGCUGCAGCAUUCUAAUGGGAAUCGUCGCAAGUCAACUGCCUCGUUUCCUCUCAAAUCAAUUCUCAAACCUACAGUCCCCGUAUCACCAGUACGGAAUAUCCCAUCAUUCGAAGAGACUCGUCGGCGCACCCCUGCUCGCGACGCAUCUUCUCAGAAAGCCAAUGCCGCCGGCAACGAGGGGCUUCUGAUCGACUUUGCAACGUCACCACAGCCCGCAGGUACAGGAAAUGAGAAGUCAGACAACCCAUUCGACACCUUCAAUGCGACUUCUGCCAUUCGCGACGAGAUGGCUGCAACCAAAGAACGCGACGAGAAGGAGCGCCGGGAGCGGGAACGACAAACUAUUCUGGAGAAGCGAGAAGCCCGACGAAAGUCCAUGGCAAACCGCCGUGUCUCAUUUGCCCCCGAGGCUACACUGCACACCUGGAACGUUGUCGAGAUACCCGAUGAUGCAACUUCGUCAUCUGCAUCGAACUCUACUCGGCGGACAUCGUCCCUUACGAACAACCAUGGCCAACAACCCGCACCGACCCCCGCAAGGGAGGCGCCUUCGUCGCCGGAUGAUGCCGAGUCUGAUUUCGGGUUCUCUCCUGUUCGCGAACAAGACUUGCAGCAAAUGAGGGAUCGUUCAGUCUCAGAUGGCACAGAAGAUAGUCAUGCAGAUCUUUCUUCAAGUCCUUUUAGCGGAAGCUCAGCUGCGAGCGAAGAUACUGGCGCUCAUAGUGUCGUUGAAGAGGAAGAUGGUGGGGACUCCUCGGCAUCUGACGAUGGAUUUGAUGCUGAGAGCACUGCCAUGAGCAUGGAUGACAUGACAGGGCGUUCUUCUGCCACUGUCCGGUCAGACGUUUCUUCCAGCUCCAGCUCUAGCGCCAGACUCAACGACGCACUCCGUCAGGCCGCAAAGGAAGCGGGAACCCAAGCAAUUGAUGACACCGGUGAAAUUUCAAUGGAAAUAGCGGACCAAGAAAUCACCGGUGCAUUUAAGCCAUGGAUUCAGAAGGGCCAGAGACAGAGUUUCGACUGGGACGACCUUAGUGCUCGCCAUGAUCAAGAGAAUGUCGACCCCGCCAAGUCCGCCUCGACCCAGGACGUCCCCGCCUCGGAUGAGAUGGAAGAGGACGAGGAUUUGAGUAUGGAUGUGACUAACGUUGUUGGCGGAAUCUUGGGUAGAGCAACCGGACGCCGCCAGAGCGCUGUCAGUCGCAAAUCCCUGGGCCAAGAAACCAACUACGGCGAUCAGACCAUGGAGAUGACUGCCAUGGUUGGCGGAAUUGCGGCCACAGAGUCUCCUGUUAGGCCUUUUGACGAGGGGAAUGAAGAUGAAGAGAUGACUAUGGAGUUCACAUCAGUCGUUGGUGGUGUUUUGAACAAGGUUCAACCACUCCAACCAGCUGCGGACACCAGCACGGAAGAACCAGGCUCCUACACCCCCAAGUCUGACCGCAUGUCGCCUGAUGGGGAUGACGAAUCCGAUGGGGGCAUGGAAAUGGAGAUUACUGGUGCUGUCGGUGGUAUUUUGCCAUCGGGAUUAGAGACCCCAGAUAAAGCUCAGGCCAAGAGGAUCAUGGAGCUUGAGACCGAGUCUGGCCAGCUGGGAAGCUCACCAUUCCAAGCGGCUGUCCAGCAAUCUCCUCCCAAGCCUCCUACAAAAUCACCCCUCGCAUUGCAGGUUGCUACUAUUGCCGCGGAGAAUGGCAGCCCCAGCUUGGCGAGCGUUCCUCCCAGACGCUCAUCGCGACGUAGCUCCGUGCUGGAAGGAUCAAGAACUCCUGAAACGGCCACUCGCCAUCAAUCGCUAUUGGAAAAACCAACUACGCCAUCGCAGCAGCUGACACCUCAGCCUCGACCGACAACGCCCAGCAAAACCCCGCCGUCUGCCAAUGUUACAUUCCGCAGUGCCUCUCCUAAGAAGCUAUUCAAGCCCGACAUCAAACAGUCGGCAGAGAAACAGAAGAACUCUCGUCUGAGCAUCUUUGAGCAGGAUAUUUCUACUGGCCAGUCGACUCCUCGGAUUGUUCUUCAGCCUCGCGAAGGGCGUCUCUCCUCCGGCUUAGGGAUCGAUAAGGAAGGUCUUGGAUCUCCUCGUGUUGCGGCCCUUCUCGAUAAACGACUAUCGCUGGGUGAAAAUACACCACAAUUUGUUCCUCAAGAGCGGCCCCGUGUUGGUGGUGUGCGCUUUGAAGACCCAUUGAAGAUGCAGGCCGAUGAGGAUCGAGAGCGUGAGGAGGAGGAGCUCCGAGAAGAUGGUCAUUUUGCCUCACUUAACACUAUGAGUCGAGAUCCCACAUCGAGUCUGAAAGACCUGAUCUCACGUAUGAGUCCCAAGAAGGGCAAGAUCGGAAAUCGCAAGAGUCUUCACGUCGGUGCUGCCCGUGGCAUUCUUGGCAAGCGUCCCGCUGAGCUCGACUUGGAUGAAGAAGAGGCAGAGAACUCACCCAAGAGACUGCGCGGCCACACUGUGAGUCCAGUCAAGGGUGUAAGGCUACCAGGCCCAAGCCAUGAGAGUACCACUGGUCACCGGUCCAUCCGAUCUCCAGUGCGUAGAGCUCGCAGCUCAUCCCCUCUAAAGGGUAGUACCACUCCUAUGCAAGAGCCCAGGAAUGUUUCUAAUAACGGAACAACGCCUCUGAAGAAGGGAAUCGAUGCUCUGCAUCUGGCUUCUGACCCCCAGCAGCCGGAGGAGGAAGAGGUAGAGGCUACCAUCGAGGAUCAAGCCGAGGAAGUUGAGCCUAUCCAACUUCAAGAUUUCCUUAACAUGACCAAUAUCCACUUUAUGGAGCUCACCACGACGAAGAGACGACACACCACCGCGCCUGGCAGUGCUACUAAGCGGCUGAGUAGGGUUUCUUUGGAGAACACAGCCAAACAGGGUGUGAUCACUUUUGACGACUGUGUGGCCGCUGGCUUCUGCACGGUACCCAUGCUAGAGUUGUAUCAACACUCUUGCCGUGAAUUGAAGUCGUAUAUCUCGGAAGGCCGCCAAGUGAUCCGGUCCAUUGAAGCCGAGACGUACGAGGACAACCCUCCUCUCUUCCGUGAAUAUGUGACGGCCCCGCCAGACAUCCGGGUGAUCAUGGACAAUCAGUUCCGAAAUGUGAAGACUCAUGCACGCCUGCUUAGCAAGGCCACCUGGUACGAGUGGCGCAUGAAGCUUCUUGAGGGUCUGAAGGAAGGACUUCACCGACAUGUAAAGGACAUGAAGGCAGAUGAUGAGCUGCUAUCUAAAAGCGAGGCGCUUCUCGAUAGCACCGUACCUCCGUUGGUCGAGAAGCACGCGUCUCUUCAGCAAGAGGCAACCAACCUGCAGCAACUGGUCGAAGAGAUGGAAAGCUGUGACCAGGACGAACUGCGAGGCGCACGCGAAAAGCUUUUUAGCGUCGAGGAGGAGAUCGAAGCCAGGAAACGAGAACUCGAGCAAUUGCAAGUGGAGGCGCAAGAGAAGACCAACAUCAUCGAAGCCGGAGGUGAGCUGCGAGAUGAGUUCCUUGCACAGAUCCAAGAGGCGGAGCGUGUCAAGGAAGAGUGUCGAGGAUGGAGCGCUCGGGAUAUUCGCGAGCUCAAGGUUUCUGUCCAGAAAAUCGAGCACCAAACCGGCUGGUCGAUUGUUUCAGCGUCGACCCCAGCGGAGUCGUCUGCUAGCCCGAUGUUGACCAUGUCAUACCGUGGCCAGCUGCAAAUCAAAUUCCACCCUGGUGCAUUCGCCACGAAGAAUUCGUCUGCCGAGAAGAGCAACCUUCCUCUGGAGUUGACUUCUAUCAAGGGCAAGUCGAUUUCUCUCAUCGCAUCUCUGGUCUUGCAAUCAUUGCAGCAGCAUCUCGCCACAAUCCAGCAAUCCAAGAUCACUCCGAAGCAGCUUCUGCGCUUCAUCUCAAGUGCCUGGGACCGCACCACCGGCCUCGAGAACGAGGCUCGUAUGCUCGAGUUCUGCGGCCUAACCCGCCUCACCCUCUCGGAUCCUAGUGACACUUCGCUCUCCCUGCGAGCUCGCUGCACUCUUCUCGGCAAUGCCGCCGUAUCCUCAACGCCUGGCCGUAAAGGUGCUGCGGCGAAGAACAAUGGUGCCAAGCGCAUCGACGUUGACUUUACCGUUCGCACGCGCAUUGAUACCGAGGUCAAAGAUCUGAAGGAGAUUGGGUCUCUUGACUUUGACAUUGAUGUUAUCGCGACGAAAGUCUACGGUUUUGGUGCCGGUAAUAAGUCGGGUCUUUCGGGCAAAGAGAUGCAGAGUAUCCUUGGCAAGGGGAUGGUUCGGGACGAGGGACAGACUCUUGGAAAUGGGGUCUGGUGCAAGGCUGUACAGAUGCUAACCGGAUCGGUGUUUUAA